CAAGGCUGGCGGGUUGAGCGCGAGAGCCAGCCCGUGCCAUCCUCCGCCGUCCCCCCUCUUUUCUGCCGCUCCUCCGGCCGCGGCUGCAGAAUUUCCCGCAUCUCCAUCCAGGACCAGCCGGAGCGAUGAACCGCGUUCUGCUGGGCGCGCUCCUCUACAAGAUGGGCUUGCUCUGUCUCUCGCAAGGACUGCUGGUUCGAGGUGCAGAUUUCAAUCAGCCAGCCGACAAUUACACAGUUUGCCAAGGGGACAACGCAACACUAAGCUGCUACAUAGACCAACAGGUGACACGCGUGGCUUGGUUGAACCGUUCCAACAUCUUGUACGCCGGCAAUGACAAGUGGUCCAUUGACCUGCGAGUGCAGCUACUGCAUUACAGCCCCUCUGAGUUCAGCAUCAUGAUCAGCCACGUCGAUGUGUAUGAUGAAGGGCUCUACACAUGCUCCUUCCAGACCCAGGACAAGCCUCACACCUCGCAGGUGUACCUCAUCGUACAUGUUCCAGCUCGGAUCGUGAAUAUUUCCUCAGCUGUGACGGUGAAUGAAGGAAGCAAUGUGAAUUUGCUCUGCCUAGCUGUGGGGAAACCAGAACCAACAGUAAUUUGGCGACAGCUGAAAGAUGGAUUCACCAGUGAAGGAGAGUAUCUGGAGAUCACAGAGAUCAACCGACAACAAGCUGGGGAGUACGAGUGCAUCACGGCCAACGGUGUCUCAACCCCGGACAGCAAACACGUCCUCAUCACAGUCAAUUACCCUCCGAUCAUCACGGACGUAAAGGACUCCCGUCCCUUGAUGGGAAAGACAGCCCUCUUGCGCUGUGAAGCCAUGGCUGUGCCGGCUGCUGACUUUCAGUGGUUCAAAGAUGACAAACACAGAUUAAUCAGUGGCUUGGACGGACUGCAGAUCCAGAACGAGCGCACUCGCUCCAUAUUGCUCUUCACAAACGUUACUGCUCGGCAUUAUGGGAAUUACACCUGCCUGGCUUCGAACAACCUGGGCUCCUACAAUGUCAGCUUACGGCUUAUCAGACCGGGUUCCCUGGACAAUGUAGCAGUGGCCAGCACAGAACCUCCUUUCUUCUUGGGUCUGCUGUCAUCUGUUUUUGUGACUCUGUUGUUUAAGAUUUAGGGCACCUGGGAAACAAUGCAGAACAAGGAAAUGGAAACAGGUGAAAGGGAAAGAAUCCAAGAGAGGGGGAGAAAGAGAGGAAGACAUCUCUACUUUCUGGAAAAAAUGAAGAAAGAGAGAGAGAGAGAGAAAGAGAGAGAGAGAAAUGAAAUUGAUCAAGAACCCAUCACUGUGAGGGAUAGAAGAAAACAAACAAAACAACAACAAAAAUAUGCAUUUGUUUCUACCACCAUUUCUCUUCACACUUCAUCUCAGACACUUUUGGUUGAAAUACUUGUGGUUUAACACAACUGAAAAGACACAGGGCUCUAACGGUUGAUGGCAACGCCUCGGUCCCCACCCCCUCAAGCUCUGCGGUUUAAGAGAGAUCUCCUCUUCCUUGGGCCAAUCAGCCUUUUGAAUGCACGGAACCCGGAAUGGUGAUUCCACAAAGGGUUGUUUGAUUAUUGUCAUUAUUAUUAUUAUUAUUAUUGAUUUCCUUUGUUCUUUUGCUCUUUUUUCUGGUGGAAAUUUCUCACCAGGAGGCUACAUUUAAGAGGUUCCUUUUCUUAUUUUCUGGGUUGAGAAUCUUGGCAUUUAUUUAACCAGAUUAUUUCAGG